CCCUUCUUCCUCUAUAAAGAAUCAUCACUUCCUUCUUCUUCUCAUGGAUCCUUGGGAUAACUACAACAAACCACUAGACCACCACCAACAACAACAACAACACCGUCUCCGUAACCGCCGUGACCACCGUCAUCCUUCUUUCUCCUCCUCUCUCCUCGACCAAAUCUACCGCUCCAUCGACGAUAAUUCCUCUACUAACUCCUCCUCCAUGAGAAAAACCAAACAUCAAAACCGCGACGAGGAGACUCGUGUUUCUGCUAACCGCCGUGACGAUUUUAACAGAUCCAAGAAUCUUAAAAGCAUAGAACCUGUUUUCUUCAAACAUUCGAGCUCUAGCUCCUCUGACUCAAGCGGAUUCUCCUCUUCAGAGUCUGAUUCUUUCUACAGACGAUCUAAAUCCUCGCCGGCGAUUUCUCAUCCUAAACCGAUUCGAACCACCGUCGAGAGAUUCGAACGAUCUCCUCAGAACCACCGACUUAACAGUAAACAAGAACAUGGAAGCUUUCUCAAAACGAAAUCUAAAGCUUUGAAGAUUUAUAGCGAUUUGAAGAAAGUUAAACAACCCAUCUCUCCCGGUGGUCGUCUCGCUACUUUCCUUAACUCCAUUUUCACCGGCGCCGGAAACACUAAAAAGCUUAACAAAAUCAACACCACCGUCACUUCCGCCACCGCCCCCGCCACAGCGUCCUCAACCACCACAUGCUCCUCUGCAUCAUCAUUCUCCAGAUCUUGCUUGAGCAAAACGCCAUCGUCUAGCGAAAAAUCGAAAAGAUCCGUACGGUUUUGUCCCGUUAACGUCAUCUUCGACGAAGACUCCUCCUCCAAGUACGACAACAACAAGAACAAAUUGUACGGAAACAACGAACGUGAAUAUGAAUCCACUCGUCAUCAUCAUCAAAACUUUGAUACUCUAGAGAUCAGAGUCAUGGAAGAGAAUCGUCGUGUAAUCGAAGCAGCUAAAGAACUUCUAAGAACUUAUCAGAAGAAGAAUAAAGACGUCGUCGAAAUCUCCGGUGGUGAAGACGACGACGAUGAUGAUGCGUUGAGUUGCACAAGCUCUGAUUUGUUCGAGUUGGAUAAUUUGUCGGCGAUUGGAAUUGAUAGCUAUAUGUUUCUUCAUAGCAUUACCUACAUACUCUUGGCUAUGGCUCAUCUCGAUCUUCAACUCAAUUCAGGUCGUCAUGACAUGCGUCAAGUACAUUCCACAGAAAGAGCACAGUCGGAUGGAGCAUCGGAAAUAUUCUUCUCGACUUUGUUGGAGGACUUGCUAAUUAUCUACAAAAGGUUAUACAAUGACGGCGACACAAUCGAAAGUUGGGUGAGUAUCCUCACCGAGGAUGGAGGAGGGCCAAGGAGUGGAGGAGAAGAUGUGGUGGAGGAAGUCAUCGUGGUCGAAUGUUGCUAAAUAAUGGAGAUGUGGAGAAGAAGAUGAUGGAGUAAAAGAGAAGAGUUCAU